AUGGUCAUGGAGACGACAGAGCGUGUUAUGAGAGCACUCGUUAGGGGAUCGAUAAGAGUUCUUCUUCCUCUACGGACAGAAUGGGAUGGUUAUAUCGCGCCGCAACGGCUUGCUAUAACAAAGGCUGCGCUGAAGGCGAUGAAAGCCGACUGCAAUGGCUCCAAAAAGCAAGCCAAUCAGCUUGAAAACACAUUUUCUGCAGCCCACGACUACGCUCUAGAAGCGCACGAAAGAGAACCAACGGAUGUCGACGUGCUUUCUUUGCUUUGUUCAGCUACUGGCAAAUUGGCUGAGGAUAGCUCGAUGAUGGACAAAGUGAAAUUCGGAUUCGAAUUUCAGGUAUUCUUUUUUUCUGAAAAUGGAGUUCAAUAG